GGAGAAAUUAAUUGGGAUUGUCCUUGUUUAGGAGGUAUGGCACAUGGUCCUUGUGGAGAAGAAUUUAAAGCAGCCUUCAGUUGUUUUGUUUAUUCAGAAGCAGAGCCAAAAGGAUUAGAUUGUGUAGAAAAGUUUAAGGCAAUGCAAGAUUGUUUCCGUCUUCAUCCCGAUGUUUAUGGAGAU